ACAGAGAGGGGGGCACGGACGCGCGCGCGCGCACACGCACACAGCAGAAGAAAGCAGCAGCGGGCAGCGGCACGUCACGCAACGGAAAGAGAGCAAAGGAGGGCUGCGCGGGGGGCGAUCGGCGCGCGUGGAGUGACAGCACCCGCGGAAGAGGAGGAGAGGGGCGCGGGAGCCACUGCAUCAUCACGCGCCCGCAUAAGCAGGGAUCGCACAGAGGCGCACCGACAGUCGCGGCAGCCCGGACUCGGAGUCGGUGACAGGCGGAAGGAGCGGCCGCAGGUGGGGGGGGGACGACGACGCGCACCGACACAGCAGCCCGCGCGCGCUACUCUUGCGCCUCUCUCAUCUCGGUCCGCGCGCGGACCCGCGCCGACACCUCGCGCCUGCGUCUCAGCCCCACCCCCUCCUGCACCCACCGCCAGCGCACGUUCUGUCCCGUCCCGCCCCCGACUGACUCCUCAUCCUCCAGCUCAUCUUCCAGCUCAUCCUUCAGCUCAUCCUCCGCUCCGCUCCCACUGACUGACAUGCCGGAGAUCCGAAUCCAGCAGCCGCCCAGAAAGCCGGAGAACGUUACGUAAGAGUGGGGCACGUAAUCCGGUCCGAAGAGCCGCGAGGCGACCGCAUCGACACCCCCCCCCAACCCCCACCCUCACCGCCGCAGCCAGAGCGGAGCGCGACGUGCCACUGCCUUUCCCGCAACCAGCGGGAUCCGUAACUGCAGGCAGCCGAGCGCACCGUUUGGAGGAAGGCAAGAGACCUUCUCGAAGCGGAACGUGGCGAGAAGGGUUCCAGCUCCCGCCGGCCGGCGUCGAGAGCUGUCGGCAGAGGGACGUCGGCAGCCCCUUCCUCGAACCCCUGGGGAUUUUUGGGGGCAGGGGCAGUUAUCUGAGCAGCCAAUUCAGCUGCGAGUGGCCCUUCUGUCCGUCGCGGCCGGACCUGAGCGCCGGUGAUCUGGACAUCGUCGUCUUCCCCGCGACGGCUGUUUGAAAACGGUGCCGGGAGUUGAAGACGGAGCAUCUGCACCGUGAGCAAAAAGAGGAAGGACGUUUUCCGCUCGGACGCGCGUGGAGCAGCCCAAGUCGUCCGACACGUCGCUUCCUCUGCGCUAAAACGGGAAGCGGCGCGAGGCCAAGCCCGACGCCUCAGAGACUCCUGGCGAGGGCGCGGUCGACACCGGCUGAGGUCUGCGCCCGAAGCGCGUGUGUCGCGUGCGCGCGGUCGUCUCCUUACCGGCGUAAAAAGUGAGGGCGCUCUGUGGUGAUGUGAUGCCGUCGUACGGUUGCGCGGGAGCCAGCGACGUCCCGGGUUCCCUGCUCUUCCCGCACGUGUCCUCGGCAGCGGGCAGGCGGGUCAUCGCUUGAUCGCGGCGCAGGACAGCUCAGGGGUCCGGGUUUGUUCUCCUGGCCGCCUUCGAUCCAGAUUCUCCGCGAAUCCGGUCCCUCUGUCCCUCCGUCGUGCUCCGCCGGGGUCAAGAGUACAGGGGCACAGUCUAAGGUGAGCAUGGACAGAGCCCUCCGCCCACAUGUCCUCUGCAAAGGCUGAUGGCGCCACCGGCCAUUGACCGUACCGGUGCCCCCCGCGCCCUGCCGUAGGCCCAGAGAGCACAAGCGAACCAGGCACUGACCCCCACCCCCUACUAGCGUCCCUCCUUACUCCUCGUCCUGCAAAACGGAUGUCCUGCCUGAGGCGCCAGCCCAUGGCCAUCCCCAUGGAUACGGUCAAGAUCAUCCAGUCGGAGAAGUUUCCCCACGACUGCCCUGCCCCCGUCACGCAGCCCCGCUACGCCCCCCCGCCGCGGGUGGCCUGGGAUGGGGGCGGUGAGGGGGAGGUUAUUGUCAACCAGGCGUGCAGCGAUCUCGCCCUGGACAUACCCCCGCGGCCGCUGGUCUCCCCACCCCGCCCGCUCCCCCCGGCCCCCGCCCGCCGCGAGAGGGCCUACUUGGCCCAGCGCAAGACCAGCGCCGCCGAGCUCUGCUACCACAGCCAGUUCCACUACAAGAUGGACGACGUCAUCGUGAACCAGUACGUGCUGCGCUCCGCCGCUUCGUCCUCGGCGGGCGGCGGGGGCGGCGUCGUCGGCGGCCCGGUCACGCCCUGCGAGCCGCUGGACUGCCCCACCUGCGGUCACACCUACAACUUUGCGAACAAGCGGCCGCGCAUCCUCUCCUGCCUGCACUCGGUGUGCGAGGAGUGUCUGCAGAUCCUCUACGAGUCGUGUCCCAAGUACAAGUUCAUCUCCUGCCCGACCUGCCGCCGCGAGACCGUGCUCUUCACCGACUACGGCCUGGCCGCGCUCGCCAUCAACACCAGCAUCCUGGGCCGCCUGCCCUCCGACCCCGGCGGCACGGUGCAGUGGGGCAGCGACGGCGACCGCAGCUGCUACCAGACGGUGCGCCAGUACUGCCAGUCGGCCUGCACCUGCCAGAUCAGUAACCCCCUGUCGUCCUGCGGCAUCAUGUAGAGGUCCAAUCCGCCACUCACCACUCACCCUGCUGCCGCGCCACCCGAACCCGACACCCCCUCCCCCCUCCCCCGCCGUCCCUGAUGGAGCCCUUUACACACUGACAUCUCUAUAUCUAAUAGCGCUGGAGAAGACUAAUGGACUGAGGGACUUAAAGGGAAAGACUCAGCUGAUGGGAGGUAACUAAUAAAUGUAUUUAUGUACGGACUUUCAUUUACUCCUGAUGUGUUUGUCUAGAAGCAGCGGGAGGGGUUUGCGAGAAGGGGCACAACCUGCCGCCCUGGUUUGCUCGAGAUCAAGAAUAAAAAGCGACCAACUGCUCGAUCCGACCUUGUGUCCAUCGCGUGCUCUUGA